AUGAUUGAUGAAAAUACAUCACCAAAUAUUCUAUACCAAAGAUCGUCAUCUGGAAGUGGUAUGUCUUUAAUGUCUUCGUCGUCGUCGUCAUCGUCGUCGUCAACUAUUCACAAGACACCUGGUAAUAGCACAUCAUCAUCAUUAAAGAAUGGUCAUUCUCCAUUGGGCUCCUCUAAUAUGAGCAAUACUAGCACACCAUCACCAUCAUCAUCAUCAUCAAUGAGUCAAUCAUUAUCACCAGUGACCAUGUCACUUGCUAGAACAAGUCAAUCAACAACAACCAAUAUAACAUCAACACCAACUGCAGCCGACCUCGAGAAUCCAUCAUGGUGGUUUCAAGUGAUAUCACAAGAGAUUGAAAAGUUUAAGAAUAUUGAAAUGUUGAAAUCGACCGAUGAGGUCCAAAGAAUGCUUCACAUCUUUCAACGUGCAACUGAAUCUAUCAAAUACAAAGACCAUUCUGACAAUAUUGAAUAUUCCUCUAUUUUAUCAAGUCAUGCUAAUUUUCAAAUACGAAUUGGAGAAUUUGAAGAUGCAAAGGAAACAUUGAAAUUUAUGAAGGUUAAACAUAUUGGACAAAAGACGGCAGAGUUUUACAUAUCAUGUGCAUAUCUUGAAUUGGCACUUUACAACUUUGAAAAAGCAAAAACUAUUCUCACCAAAGCAAUUGAAAAGGGUGGAGUGUCUCCACUUGCCGAUGUUGAAAAGUUCCUAAAAUAUGCUCAGCUAAAAGAGGAUAAUCACCUACACCACCAACAACAACAACAACACCAACAACAACACCAAACCCAACAACAACAACAAUCUCCAUUGUUACAAUCCAUUUCCAACACAACAACAACAACUACACCAUCUACUUUAUCUCCACCUUUAAGUACCUUGCAUCAACAACCAAUGAUAGUACAACAACCAAAACCACAGCAACAACAAGAUACAAUUAGUAAUAUGGGUAGAUUAUCAAUUUCAUCAUCAUCUCAAAAAUCUGGAAAUACAACAAUGGAAAGACAACAUAUAUUACCAUCAUCGGUAAAAUCACUUGGUUUGGGAAUUAAACAACCAAUUAGAGUUCAAGUACAACAACAACCAAAAGAAGAUGUUAAAAUGACAGAUGAUAUUCCAGAGAAUAGUUUUACCUCUACCAAUACCACCACAUCUACUUCUAGCUCUACCAAUACCACUUUAUCUACUUCACCUACAUCAUCAUCGUCAACAACAUCUACAACUGAUCCAUUAUCACAUCUUGUUCUUUCUGAUUCAAAAGUUGAAUCUGAUCCAUUACAAUCAAGUCAAGUACAAAAGAAAACUUCAAUGCAACAACAAUACCAACAAAAACAACAACAAUUAUUGGUUAAAAAACAAAAAGAAAAAGAACAACAAUUACAACAACAACAAUUACAACAACAACAACAAUUAUUAUUACAACAACAACAACAACAACAACAACAACAACAAAAAGAAAAAGAAAAAAUAAUAAUAGAAAAGAAACCAGUUAAACAAACAACACCACCACCACCAAAAAAUGAUCAUGAUCAAAUUGACAAGGGAAAGGUAUAUGAAAUUGCCAAAUCAUGGAGUGAAACAACAACUGUCAAUGGAAAAUCUUAUCUUCGUAUUGAAUUUAUUGGUAAAGGUGGUAGUGGAAAAGUUUACAAAGUACUUUCAAGUGAUUUAAAAAUUUAUGCUUUAAAAUAUGUUUGUUUAAAAUCAGAUCAAAAUGAAAUUGAAUCACAAUUAAAUGAAAUUGAAAUGUUAAAAACAUUAAGAAAACAUAAUAAUAUUAUAAAAUUGAUAGAUAGUGAAAUCAAUAUAGAAAAGGGAUUUAUUUUAUUGGUUUUGGAACUUGGUGAUAUUGAUUUGGCCAAAUUAUUACAUCGUCAACAACAAGAGACUGGCAAGAUCAACGAAAAUCUAAUCAGAGUAUAUUGGCAACAAAUGUUGAGUGCAGUAGACACUAUACACAAUGAGAGAAUCAUUCAUGGUGACUUGAAACCAGCCAAUUUCGUGUCGGUCCAAGGUAACCUCAAACUGAUUGAUUUUGGCAUUGCAAAGGCCAUCCAAAAUGACACGACCAAUAUUGUCCGUGACAGUCAUAUCGGUACACUCAACUAUAUCUCUCCCGAGGCACUCAUCGACACUGGUGCUGGAAGCAGUGACCAACCAUCAGGCGCCGACAACCCGGGCGACGAAUCAGCCCCAUGCAUGAAGCUUGGAAGAGCCAGUGACAUUUGGUCACUCGGAUGCAUCCUCUACGAGAUGACCUAUGGCUAUCCACCAUUCAAAAACUAUACCAAUCUUUUUGCCAAAUACCAGGCCAUUGUCAACCCCAACGUGGCCAUUACCUUUCCACCCAACUCUAAUGCCAAUGUGGUCGAUGUUUUGAAAAAGAGAAUUUCCAAUAAUACUAGUAUUACCAAUGUGAUUCAAAAUGGUAAACAAUUGGUGAUCUCUUAUAAACCAGAAGGAUCAAUGGUGAUGCAACAUCAACUCAAGAAGAAUGGUGGUGUCCAAGCUUGGAUCAACCCAUACUGUAAUAUGGCUACUCCAAUGGUCUGUAAUCUCCCACAAGUCCCACCCUGUGACACUGUCUAUCUCCAUGUUAUUCCAAUGCUUGGUGGUCCAAACUUGUACUUUAAUUAUCCAUUCAACUGUACUGUCGCCUAA